GGCACCCGCCUGGGCGGCGCUCACUCCCCAGCGGGGGCCCGGGGAGCCUCCAGGCGGAGAGGCUCCCGCCCGCCCGGAGCAGCGGCCUCCGCAUGGAGGGGCCGCUGGCUCCUCUAGCGGGGUCGGGGCUACUCCCGCUGCCGCUGCAGGGAGGGGGAGCCGCUGCUGUUCCGGAGUCCGGAGCCCGGCAACACCCCGGACAUGAGACGGCGGCGCAGCGGUACAGCGCCCGUCUGCUGCAGGCCGGCUACGAGCCCGAGAGCAGCAUGGCGGACUACCUGAUCAGCGGCGGCACCGGCUACGUGCCCGAGGAUGGACUCACCGCGCAGCAGCUCUUCGCCAACGCCGACGGCCUCACCUACAACGACUUCCUGAUUCUCCCAGGAUUCAUAGACUUCAUAGCUGAUGAGGUGGACCUGACUUCAGCCCUGACUCGGAAGAUCACCCUGAAGACACCGCUGAUCUCCUCCCCAAUGGACACUGUGACAGAAGCUGACAUGGCCAUUGCGAUGGCUCUGAUGGGCGGUAUUGGUUUCAUUCACCACAACUGCACCCCGGAGUUCCAAGCCAAUGAGGUGCGGAAGGUCAAGAAAUUUGAACAGGGAUUCAUCACAGACCCCGUAGUGCUAAGCCCCUCACACACUGUGGGCGACGUGUUGGAGGCCAAGAUCCGGCAUGGCUUUUCGGGCAUCCCUAUCACUGAGACAGGCACCAUGGGCAGCAAGCUGGUGGGCAUCGUAACCUCCCGAGACAUUGACUUUCUUGCCGAGAAGGACCACACCACCCUCCUUAGUGAGGUGAUGACUACGCGGAAUGAGCUGGUGGUGGCUCCGGCGGGUGUGACAUUGAAAGAGGCAAAUGAGAUCCUGCAACGCAGCAAGAAAGGGAAGCUGCCCAUUGUCAAUGAUCGUGAUGAGCUCGUGGCCAUCAUUGCCCGCACUGACCUGAAGAAGAACAGGGAUUACCCUCUCGCCUCCAAGGAUUCCCACAAGCAGCUGCUGUGCGGGGCGGCCGUGGGCACCCGUGAAGAUGACAAGUACCGCUUGGACCUGCUCACCCAGGCAGGCGCCGAUGUCAUUGUACUGGACUCCUCCCAAGGGAACUCUGUGUAUCAGAUCGCCAUGGUGCACUACAUCAAGCAGAAGUACCCCCAGCUCCAGGUGAUUGGGGGGAAUGUGGUGACAGCAGCUCAGGCCAAGAACUUGAUCGAUGCUGGUGUGGACGGGCUGCGUGUGGGGAUGGGCUGUGGCUCCAUCUGCAUCACCCAAGAAGUGAUGGCCUGCGGUCGGCCCCAGGGCACUGCUGUGUACAAGGUGGCCGAGUAUGCCCGGCGCUUUGGGGUGCCGGUCAUCGCUGAUGGUGGCAUCCAGACCGUGGGUCAUGUGGUCAAAGCCCUGGCCCUUGGAGCCUCCACAGUGAUGAUGGGCUCCCUGCUCGCCGCCACCACGGAGGCCCCUGGCGAGUACUUCUUCUCGGAUGGGGUGAGGCUCAAGAAAUACCGGGGCAUGGGCUCGUUGGAUGCCAUGGAGAAGAGCAGCAGCAGCCAGAAACGAUACUUCAGUGAGGGGGACAAGGUGAAGAUCGCACAGGGGGUCUCAGGCUCCAUCCAGGACAAAGGCUCCAUUCAGAAGUUCGUGCCCUACCUCAUAGCAGGUAUCCAGCACGGCUGCCAGGAUAUUGGUGCCCGUAGCCUGUCAGUCCUGCGGUCCAUGAUGUAUUCAGGGGAGCUCAAGUUUGAGAAGCGGACCAUGUCGGCUCAGAUCGAGGGUGGCGUCCAUGGCCUGCACUCUUACGAGAAGCGGCUGUACUGAGGACGGUGUUGGAAGCCGGGGCAGUGGAGGGGGUGCACCCCAGGAUGCCCCUUUGAGCACAGCCUCCCUCCAUAACUGAGUGGUCCAUAGAUUUGCACUACGGAUUCCCCAGCUCCUUUCCAGGGAGAGAGGAGGGGAGCCCCUGAGGGUCUGCGGCCCCUCCUGGCCUUCCCCUGCAGAGUCAGGACUGUUCCUGGGGCUCGGAUGCCCUGGGAGCCCCCCGGACCCCCCCCCUCCAGUCCCCCUGAGCCUAGCCAGCCUGGGCUCUCAGGCCCUGUGCCUGCCUCAGGUCUUUCUCGCUGCAGCCUGCUCCGGCCUGGCUCCCACCCCUGGGGCAGGUGGCCCCUCCUGGCUUCUGUAGGGCACCUCCCUCCCCACUCCUCACCCCGGAAAUGGUGCUCUCCUGGCCCUGCCUCUGGCCCCUACCUGGGCUGCUGCCCGCUCAGCCAUGUGGCACUUCUGGGCUCCUGACCUAGGCCAGAGGGAGGUCUCUGCCCCCUUCCCCUGGCCCUAGGCUCCCCAGGCCCUGCUCCUCAGGCCACUCCCCCUGUUCCUGGCCCUGGGGAGGAGGCUGCCCGUCAUUCCUGGCUCCCCGCCAUCCCCAGGUGUACCGUUCCUGCCCUCUCCUCUCAGCUGCAGUCGGAGGCUUUAACUUUGCACACUUUGGGGUCACAGUUGCGUCAUUGUAUAUUAAAUAACCUGAAUAAAUCAAGAGGUCUCAA